AUGUAUGUACAAAAGGGUUGUUGUAAUUAUUUGUUGUUCUUUUCAGAUGUGAAGACCAUCUUGAAAGGUGUAAAUGGGAGGCUGAAGUCUGGCGAACUGACGGCCAUCAUGGGGCCGUCAGGUGCUGGCAAGUCUACCCUCCUCAACAUUCUUACUGGAUACAAGACGUCUGGAAUGGAGGGUUCUAUCACUAUAAAUGGCCAUGAAAGAGACCUCUCUCAGUUUGCCAAACUGUCAGCGUACAUUAUGCAGGACAACCAGCUCCAUGGUAACUUAUCUGUCGAGGAAGCCAUGAAUGUUGCAACAGCUUUGAAAUUGGGCACACAGAUCAGCAAACAAGAAAAACAGAAAGUUAUUCAAGAAAUCCUGGAAACCUUAGGUUUACAAGAGCAUGUAAAGACUAUGACCUCAAAUUUAUCUGGAGGACAAAAAAAACGUCUCUCAAUUGCUCUAGAAUUGGUCAACAAUCCUCCUAUCAUGUUUUUUGAUGAGCCUACCAGUGGUUUGGACAGCUCUUCUUGCUUCCAGUGUAUUUCCCUCCUGAAAUGCCUCGCUCGGGGCGGCCGAACCAUUAUCUGUACCAUUCAUCAGCCAUCCGCCAGGUUGUUUGAGAUGUUCGACCACCUCUACACCCUGGCUGAUGGACAGUGUAUCUACCAGGGUUCCACCCAGCAGCUCGUGCCCUUCAUGGCCACCCUCGGCCUUGUCUGCCCGUCCUAUCACAACCCUGCCUCAUUUAUAUCAUGUGGUGAAUAUGGGGACUAUGUUCGUAAACUCGUUGCUGCAAUUCAGAACGGAAAAUGUGAUAUUCAAGCUGGUAAACCAUUCCCCCAGACAGAGCAACUCAACAAUGCUGACUUCGAUAAGAAAAUAAACAACACUCAGUCACUGCCUGGGGAAGCUAAUCAUGGGAACAAUUUACUAUCUUAUACGCAAAAUGAUAUUUCAAAAGAAGUUCCUGCAUCUGCUGGAGAUGGCGUUGUUAUCCCUAUUGAAAUGACUACAUGUGAAGCUGACAAACCUGGCGUAACAUCUACACUUCUUGAAGAUUCUCUCCCAACAAGUCAAAAGAGAUAUGGUACAUCGGAGUUAAAUCAAUUUUGGAUAGUUCUCAAGAGGACAUUAUUGUUUUCACGAAGGGAUUGGACACUUAUGUACUUACGAUUAUUUGCUCAUAUUCUGGUUGGUUUUCUGAUUGGAGCUCUCUACUACGAUAUUGGAAAUGACGGUGCCAAAGUUUUGAGUAAUUUGGGUUUCCUCUUCUUCAACAUGCUCUUCCUUAUGUAUACAUCUAUGACUAUCACAAUUUUAUCAUUCCCGCUUGAAAUGCCCGUGUUGAUUAAAGAGAACUUCAAUCGAUGGUAUUCGCUGAGGUCGUAUUACAUGGCUAUCACAGUAUCUGAUAUUCCAUUUCAGGCGAUAUUUUGUGUGAUUUACGUUUCAAUAGUAUACUACCUAACUUCGCAGCCUCCUGAAUUAUCAAGAUUCACCAUGUUCUUAUCAGCCUGUCUUCUGAUUUCAUUUGUUGCGCAAUCCGUAGGACUUGUUGUAGGUGCUGCCAUGAAUGUUCAGAAUGGUGUCUUCCUAGCACCAGUUAUGUCUGUGCCUUUCCUUCUCUUUUCUGGAUUUUUCGUCAGCUUUGAUGCAAUUCCCAUUUACCUCAGAUGGAUUACAUAUCUUUCUUAUAUAAGAUAUGGUUUCGAAGGAACAACUUUGGCUACAUAUGCAUUUGGUCGUGAAAAACUGAAGUGCUAUCAGGUAUACUGCCACUUCAAAUCGCCUUCUACCACUUUAGAAGAACUUGAUAUGUUAAAUGCUGACUUCAAUCUGGAUAUCAUAGCAUUAAUUGUUAUUUUUAUUAUUUUGAGGAUAGCUGCAUUCCUCUUCCUCCGUUGGAAGUUAAUGUCCCAACGUUAAAAAAAAAAAGUGAAGAAAGUGCGGUUUUAUAUAUAUAAAAAUGUAUACAUUUACUAUAUGAUAGUUUAAUGAUAUUGUUUGUAUAUAGAAUAUACAUAGGGCCUCUUUUAUCUGAAUUAUGAUUUUAAGAAUAGAAUAAUUUUUAUUCAAUUGGUAGUCAAUAGUUUAUUCAAUAAUCUGAUUAUUUUUUUUGAUUUUAUAUUAAUUUUUCAUUUUUAAAGUUAGCGUUAUUUGCUCCUUUCAGAUAAUCGAGUUUCUAUUGUAUGUAAAUCUAUUUUUGUAUAAAUCUAAUGAAGUGUCUUCAGUAUUAUGACACUCAUAAAACUUUUAAAUAUGCUUCUGAAUAUUUUGUUUUGUGAAGUAAUUGGUUGUAAAUCAACCAUUACAAGUUUAAAAAAAUUUUGGUUAAUCAAAUAUAUUGAAACUAAAUGUGCCUAUCUAUGGGAAUAUUUUUGAUAAUAUUCUAGCUGAUAAUAAUCAGCAAUUUUUUUAUAAUUUUCUCUUUUGAAGGAAAGAUUUUGAUAAUCAAAACAAACUAAGAAGAAGAGUGUUGUCAAUUAUAUGUUUUUUUUUGUUUUAUUUUUUUUAUUACUUGUAAUGUUAUAGAUUUUUCUAUUUUUCAAUGAACCAGGGUGAAAUUAUUACUUCAAGUAUAUUUUAUCUUGUAAAAUUAUCUAUUCAUUUUCAAAUUCUGUAGUUAUUUACUACUUUUUCUGUUAUUAAAAUAAACUAUAAGAAAUCUUAAGUAGUUAUGUACGAAUCAUUCCUCGGUUGUGUAUAUCCUGAUAUUCUGUGAUAGUUGUUUUUUCUGAUGUCACAUGCUUGCAACACUUCGUAAUAACUAAGCGGAAAAUAAUUGGCAUAUAAAGUAUGCUCAUGAAUGUAGAUAGCUCUUAUUUCUUUUUUUUUUUUUCUAUAUAUUUUUUGUAGUUAGACCUAGUUAUUGAUGUUGCUUCCAUUAUUUAUAUGGCAAAUCUUUGUUUUUCAUUUGUUAUUUUAUAAAUUUAUAUAAAUUGGAUUAAAUUAUUCAAUAUGUAAUCACUUUCAUUUUCAAAAUCACUUAUACAUUUAUAUAUAUCUAUAUCCACUUUGUUGAUUUUUUUCUUAUUUGUAUUUUAUAAUACUAUACCUAGUUUUUCCUUUUUUUUUUUUUUUUUUUUUUUUUUUACUGCUGUGCUAUAACAUCCAUGACAUUGAAUUGUAUUUUAUGCUGGUAAUUAAAUGAAGUAACAAAUUAUAUACUUUUUUAAUUACUCAAUUUUGUAAAGUGGUACAUGCGAUUACUGGUUUCUGUAUUUAAAAAAAAAAGUUAAGAUAUGUAUUUUAAUUACAUGGUGAUGCCAAUAGAAAUAAACAUGUGACUUAUCAAGUGUAAAACAAAUAUUUUAAAUAAAGUUAUUUUUAAAUUUUCUAAUUAUUUAUUAUUACUUUUUAUUACCUACAUUGCGAAGAAAGAAAUAAUGCCUUCAUAAUGCCUUAGUCUGAAAAAAUUAAAAUUACUAUCUUUACGCUGUUUAUAAAAAUAAAUAAAUAUCAAUGCAGGAUUUUAGAGACAUCUUGUCUCAUCCAUUAACUCAUAUAAUACUUAACUAUUUUUUGAUAAUUUAUGAGACAUAUCUAGAAUCAUGUAUUGAUAUUUAUUCUUUCAUAUUU